CACAUAUCGAUAUAAACAACCCUAUACUAUUUUUUAAAACCUAUUAUGAGCUACAGGAAAACAGUAACUCAGAAAAUACGAACUUGCAUAUUAUUAUUAACACGAAAAUACUCAGAAGUUUCAUAUGACGGGGUAAACACAAGGAAAUUAUUGGAAUAGUGGAAAAAUUUGGAUAAACAAGAAAAAUUUACUGACUAUUCUUUGACUUGGUCAAUUUUCCCUUCUAAGCAAUUUUUACGUAUCACUAAUUUGGGCCAAUCAUGGUCUACAUUGUGGGACGUAACCGUAUCGAAGACUCAGACAAGAAACCAGUUCAAAUCGAUGUAGAAGAAAAAUUGUUCCACAACUCAAUGAGAUUAUUUCUGAUAAUGUGUCAAAUCUUGGGCUUAUUUCCUAUAAAUUGCUCCACAAAAUAUUACACUGACGUCAAAUUUUCAUGGAAAAGUUUUAGGAUUGUAUAUACGUUUUUCAUGAUCGUAAUAAUUGCUUUUGCUGUAUUUGUCUGUUUGUAUAGUUGGGCAACUUAUGGAUAUAAAUUUGCUGAUGCAGGAACUCAUACUUUUUACGUAGCUUCACUCUUGAGUAUACUUUUAUUCCUUAGAUUAUCAAAACGAUGGGUAAAAUUAUUGACAACUUGGUGCCAGAUGGACAAACUUAUGAACAGGCGUUACGGAUAUCCUUCAACGAUAGAAAAAAGGCUAAAAAUAUGUUCAGUUGUCUUUUUAACUUUGGUUAUCAUUGAUCAUCUGCUUAGUAUUUACAACAGAUUCUGUAGGGUUAAGGAAAGCUUUGGAAUAAACUAUAACUACAAGUAUUUUUUUAUAGAUACCUUUCCACAUCUUUUUAUGGUAGUACCGGCCAAUGUGUUUACUGCAGUGUAUUGUUUGUUUCUCAAUACACACGCUACACUAAUACUAGCAUUCAAUGAUCUGUUUAUUAUAUUAGUUAGUGUAACUUUGGCUUUAAGGUUUAGACAGAUUACAGAAAAAUUAGAAAAGGAUUUUUCGAAGUUCCACGCCAAAACCGAGGAAUUUUGGAUGGAGAUUCGUGAGGAUUUUGACAGACUUAGUUCUUUAUGCAAAGAAUUAGACAACAAUAUUUCAUACAUUAUCCUACUUUCGUACACCAUGAACUUAUUUUUUCUAUUGAUGCAGCUUUAUCUAAGUCUAGAGGUUGGAUCUAAUACAGUUGGCAAAGUAUACUUCAUCUUCUCCUUCGUCUAUAUUAUAUUUAAAAUAGUAAUGGUUUCUUUGUAUGCUGCGUGGAUAAAUGAUGAAAGUCUAGAGCCAGCAAAUAUAUUGAAUUCCGUAUCUUCGUCUUGUUAUAAUAUCGAGGUAAAAAGAUUGCUGAUGCAGAUAGGUUUUGACAAUGUAGCCCUCACUGGUUGCCGAUUAUUUAAAAUAACUCGAGGAAUUAUUCUUAGUAUUGCAGGAGCUGUAGUCACCUACGAACUAGUUCUUAUUCAGUUCAAUUCAGCUACACAAGGAAACUAACUCAUUCAGCUUAUA